AUGGCCCUUGAGGAACACCAGCGUAUCACACCAGAAAGUGAUAAACAGAGAUACUUUCUGGAGAAGUCUGAGGACAAGGAGGGAAACGCUCUGGCCUUCCACUUCCUCUCAGGGCCCAGAGUCACUGUACUGGCCUCCAAGACCUCCCAGCGCUACCGUAUCCAGAGUGAGAGUUUCGAGAACAUCUGGCUGGUGGCUAAGGAGCUGGUGCAGCGCUUCGACCGCCACUUUGCCAAGCAGGGAGUCAAAGACUUCAGAAACAGCUUUGCAGGCCCUAUACCUCUGGCUGAGUACUUUGAGACUGUCGACCACCACUUUGAGCUGCGUGUGAGUGCAGAGAAGUACCAGGACCUCCUGUCAGAGCGGGCGAUCCAGUUCAGAGCCAUCCAACGCCGUCUCCUGACCCGCUUCAAAGACAAGACCCCCGCCCCCCUGCAGAACCUAGACACACUGAUGGAGGGGACGUACCGCCAGGUGAUAGCGUUGGCAGAUGCAGCGGAGGAGAACCAGGCAUGUCUGAAUCAGGCGUUUGUUCGCUUGCGCAGUGCCACCCACCUCCUCAUCCUCCUGGUCUCCCUGUGGCUGGGCCUCAACACAGAGCAGAACGCCAUCCUGGAGGCUACACUGCUACCCCUGUUACAGGACACACCACAACUGGGUUGGGAGGAGAGUGUGGACGCGGCAGUGUCUCACCUCCUAAGGACCUGUCUGUCCCGCAGCCCUAAGGACCAGGCCCUGUCUCUGUCCACCUCCCAGCUCAGCAUGCCCAAAGACACGGUCCGCCUGAAGAAGCACAUCACCGUGCUGUGUGACCGCCUGGGCAAGGGGGGACGGCUGUCUCUGGCCUCCGAGGCCAACGUACCCAUACCAGUCAUGAUGCCAGGGGGCUGUGAGCCAAUCGCGGAGGCUGUUGCGGACCUGGAGGAGCCACCCCUGCAACAGGAGUCAGCCGCCAAGUUCAUGAAGAAGAAACAGCCAUCCAAGAAAGUCAAGCCCAAGACUGAUAAAGAAUCCAAGGACAAGAAAGUGUCUGCGGCUGGGGCAGUCAAGGAGACAGUGGAAGAGCCUGUGGAAGAGCCUGUGGAAGAGCCUGUGGAAGAGCCUGUGAAAGAACUGAAGAAAGAAAAGAAGGAGUCCUCUAAGGAAAAGAAGAAGGAGUCCACCAAGGAGCCCAAAGAGCCCAAGGACCCGGGGAAAGAGUCAAAAAAGGAGUCUUCAAAAGACUCCAAGGAAAAGAAGGAGUCCACCAAGGAGUCAAAUAAGGAGUCUUCUAAGGAGGCCAGCAAAGAGUCUUUGAAGGAGCCCGGGAAGGAGAAAGUGUCAAGAAAGUCAUCUGUGAAGGUCAAGGAGAAAAAGAAAGAGACAGAGGCUGCUGCUGGAGAGGGCUGAUAAAGUCAUGCAAUAAAUACAUUGUUACACACAUACACACACAUACACACGCAAUCUCACAUACACACUCAUAUUCAUGACAAACACACUUCUAUCAGGGCUGAUGCUGGUCCAUAGUCAGGACUUCUGGUGUCUGUGUUGGGUGAAGGUGCGGUGCUGAAGAUGAGGCCCAGUCAGAAACUCCAGUAGAACAGCCAAGGAGUCGGAUGUGCAACAUCAAAGCCCUUCCCCUCCCUUCCUUCCAGUGGCAGCGUCUCGUAGUGGAACCCACAGCCCUGUGCGUCGGUAAGCCCUAACCACCCCGCCUACACACGGGCACUCUGACAUCUAUCCCGCCCUCUCGCCCCCUCGUGUGGCACCAUGCCUUGCCAAAGCCACCCCCGCCUCAAGCUAAGAAUAACCCCUGCGUUCUGUCCGUCCCUCCGUAUGUCCCUCCGUAUGUCCCUCCGUAUGUCCCUCCGUAUGUCCCUCCGUAUGUCCCUCCGUAUGUCCCUCCGUAUGUCCCCUCGGGUAAAACAAGGCCACUUUCACCCCCCAUCAGCAGCUUUCAGCGCACAGAAGCAGGAAAACCAUCAAACUGAGACAAUAGCAGAGAAACGAAAAGGGAAGGGAAUUCAAGCAGCCCCCAUGAUCGUUUGUGAGGACUUGCAGGAACAUACUCAAUCACACACACCUGAAUCCACAAACACAUGCACAUAAGAAUACAAACAUGCACAACUAUACACGUAAAAACACUAGCUAGCACCUGCUCGUAUUCUGCAACACACAGCCCUACAAGCGUUACAGUGUUUCCAGCCAGCCUCUAAGACCAUAGACCACCUUCUGUUAGAGGAUCGCUGUGCCAGCCUGACCAAUGACAAUCCAAACAGCUCUUUAUGUCGCUAUUGUACUGUACCUGUACGUGCUGUAUGUGUGUGUUGUCUGUACGUGUCUUGAUGAAUUUAGACAUGUAUCGUUUCCUAACUCAGCUUAAUGAAUGUAUUAUAGCAAAGGUUUUGUACCAUUAUCAGCUUGUCUGAUGCACCAGGUACCUGUUCUAUGCCUGAUUUUUAUAGACAAAGCAGGGUGAUUCAAGUUAGUGCUACGAAACUGUUGUUGUUUAAAGUAUCUCCUUAAUCUCCCUCCGCAUGUAUGUCUUUCUCUAUCCCUUUAAGUCUGUCUUGUUUCAGUCCUUGCUUACUGAGUAUGUGGGACAGUGUAUAUGUUAGAGUAUAUAGGAAUGGUCACUGUUAAAAUGGCUUUGCCCUUGGCCAGUGGCUUUAGGUUUGUUUUUUCCUUACUGUAGUGUAAAAGGUCUGUGCAAAUCUCCUCGAGCUCAGCACAAGGUCGAUUUAAGAUUGAGGAACUGAGAGACUCGCUGUUUAAUUUGGCACGGGUCGUUUGUAGGUGUUGCGUUAAAGCCACGUUGUGGAAGUAGAUGGGGUUGGAAUCCGGCGGACUCUCCUCUCAGGUCUCUGUUAUGUUAUGUCUGUUUGACGUCAGUGGGUUCUCUUUUUUUGUAUUCUCCUCAAUAACUUUUGUCUUUGACUAAACGCGCUGUGUUUCACAACAUGAAUGUUGUACAGGACAAGUUCAAGUGCAAAAAAUGAUUGAACUAGGACCAAACAUUGUUACAUGCCCCACUGUAAAAAAACUAACAGUGCCACAGUUUUGAGAGAAUGUAAUAAAAAGCCCUUUGUAUUAGACUUUUAGAAACAAAUGGGUUGGUG